UUAGCAUUCAUGCUCAAUGCGUCGUUUAAUUAGCACUUUUGUUUUGAAUUUCCUUGAGUAAACAAAAGCCAUAGUUUCUCUAUACACUUAUCAAUUCCACCUUAAGAUACAUUUCUCCUCAACGGUUUUUAGCUUUCUUUGACGAUCUGAUAUUUACUGGCACCAAACGUAAAAAAAAGGAAAGCUGUGGGGUAAUUAUGAACUUCAAAGAUCCUACUGGAUCGGUUUUGACUUUGAGAAAUCGCCGCCUUUCUGAACCGCAAAAGCUACCAAAGCGUGUGUCUUUCAAAGAUGAAGCAUGGGUGAUUAACAUUCCCGCUCGCGACGAAAACACCGUGGAUUUGCGGGAGGGUGUUUUAUUUACACGAAACCCCGUAGCAAGGACCUCCGUGUUAGCGAGCGGAACAUCAGUCCACAAGCCGAACACAGGUGUAAACUUUGCCACUCUCCCCAACAACUCUCCGUAUGCAAACUCGGAACAUACAGACACGCAAACAUGGAUGACUUCAAGGACAAUUGGUUCGGAACCUAGGACAAGUCGUGCCCCUUACAAGUCAAUUCUAAAAGCAUCAGCAUCACGGACUCGUUUUGACGAAGAUCAUUUGAAAACGCACAAUUUGAACGCAGCCUGCUUUGGAGAAGCCUCAAGGCAUUUUCUAAACAAUUACUUUAAACACGAUACCAGCCAUUUACUGCCAUCAACAGACGUCGUGAAAAGAGUUGAGAGACCAGUUAUAACCAGAACUUUGUCAUCGAGACGCUCACUCUCAAACACUCGCCCUCUUGGAACUGAGGACGCCUCACUAUUUAACAAAACUGGACGAUCGGCUGGUAAGGAAUUCACAGCAGGAUCUAAUAGAACUUUUUUUGAUCACAACUUUAAACCCCCGGCCAGUGAAGGAAAGAGUAAGGCUGAAGGUGCCCCACAGCCAGGGAUAAAUUUCGGCAUAGUUGGGGUUACGUAUGGGGGUGUGAACCAAAUGCCUUACUUUUACGACAUCAGAGGAAUCGCUGAUAACGGAAUAGCUGAAUAUUCUCGUGAAAAAAGAUCUCCGUUCCACGACCGAACUCGCUCUGAACAUUCCUCGGUUUCUACGCCGCAAAACCACUACUCUUCCCCUAAAAGACAGGAAAGACAUUUGGCAGCAAUUCCAGCUAUUGAAGCUUUCAACAGACGGAGCCGUGGAACAGGACGUUAUUCUUCGAGGGAUUGGACCCACAAACAAAAUGCAAGCGCAAAGAAGCAAUUACCAAUUGCUUGGCAACCUUCCAAACAGAAUAAUUUCUCAACAAAGUAGAGAGAGAGAGAGGUUGGUUUGGAUAAGCAAUGGAUCACCUCUCGUUCAUUCUCAUAAACAAGGGUGUAAAUCCAUAUCUGUGGAUUUACUUUCGUAAAAUGCCCCUUCGGGAACCUUCGGGUCUAGUGAUAAAGAAGCAGAAAAUAAAGAUCUUCAAAUGUUACAGGAAAACAUUGCUUGCAUGUUUAACCGAGAUUUUCAAAUUUCCCAUUACACAAAUUUUAAAACAGUACAUAAACCUUUUUACAGACACCAUUUUAAACUGGAUGAAGCAAAGAUUACUGAAAGAUUUCAAUUUCUAACCGUCAGCCAACAAGGCCACUAACUUGUUAUCAAUUUUUGAAUCCCCUUCCCCCUUACACAGUCAAAUAUUUUCCAAGAUACGACAAUCCAACACAAAUUGAGGAGUACAAAUCAAUUGCUUUAUUGACUAUGAGAACUGAACAUUUUCUUCACAGACCAAUCUUUAAACGUCCCACAAUAAUAGGGUAUUUAGACGAUAAUUAUUCCUAAUACGGACACAAAAUU